AUGGGCCAGAUCCUGCAAACCCUCUGCUUGCUCCUGCUGGUCACCUCCUGCCCUUGUGCUGUCAUCACUGGGGCCUGUGAACGGGACCCUCAGUGUGGCCCUGGGACCUGCUGUGCCAUCAGCCUCUGGCUGCGGGGGCUGCGGAUGUGCACCCCCCUGGGGCAGGAGGGGGACGAGUGCCACCCCUUCAGUCACAAGGUGCCGUUCCUGGGGAAGCGCCAGCGCCACACCUGCCCCUGUUUGCCCAAUUUCAGCUGCUCCAGGGCCCUGGACGGCCGCUACCGCUGCUCCACGGACUUCAAGAACAUCGAUUUUUAG